AUGGCUUUAAUUGGACAACGUGCUGACGGUGGCUCAAUGCUGGAGUUGAGUGUGUUCAAAGAGAUGAAAGAAGAAGUGAAUCGAGGGUUGGCAAAGACGAUUACUUUGCGAAAUGGAGACGAUAUCGAUCAAAUUGGCAUUCGGACUUUGAUGGUUCAUUCAACAGAGAUGAUGUUCUCGAUUGUUGAGGUACGACCUCUACGAGCACGUUAA